AUGGAGAUGGUACCUAAGAUUCCUCCCUCUAGCUAUCGUUCAUCCAAUUUGACCUGCCUAUCCCAUAUAGGGAGCACGGUAAAGGCUAUUAAGAGUAAACUAACCCCUAGGCAACUUAGUAUGUUUAGGAAGACCAUUUUCGGCCAUUUGCUAGACGUAGAGCUCGUACUUAAUGGACCACUUCUACAUAACCUGUUGCUUAGGGAGUUGGAGAAUAGUAGAGCAGACGUAAUUACUAUGGACGUGCUUGGUAAUAGAGUAUCUUUUGGAUUUAGUGAAUUUUGUCUGAUAACGGGCCUGAAAGAUAGUAGACGGCCGAUUCGUAAGGACACUUCUCCUAAGAGGCUUAGGAAGUUGUACUUUGAUGACAAAGUUGAUAUCUUACUAAGUGAGUUUGAGGCGAGGUAUAUGGUGAUGCAGUUCGAGGAUGACAUUGAUGCAGUCAAGAUAUCAAUGUUAUUAUUCGUUGAGCUUGUCUUGUUUGGAAAGGAUAGGACGUUGAAGUUGGAUAAUAGCCUCUUAGGAGUCGUGGAUGACCUAGAGGUUUGCUGUAAUUAUGACUGGGCUGAGAUGUCUUUCGAGAAGACUAUAAAAAGUUUGAAGCGUGUCCUGACGAAGAAGGGGAGAGAUGAGAGGCUGAGGAAGACAUAUAGUCUGUUUGGGGAUACGAAACAAUAUCCUGUUUGA